AAAUUAAUAUUUUGCGUAAGUGACCCACGAGGAUGAAAGGACUGUCGAAGACAUUUUUCAUAGGACUUAUAUGGCCAGCUGGUUAUUAAGACUUAUAAAGACAACUAAUUAUUUUCCUGAGAGUAUUAAAACUCCAGAUGUGUCUGAAGUACAGCUUUCUAAAGAAGAACUCUUUAUUGGACAGUUAAUACUUCAUAAUUUACAGCUUCUGCAAUUCAAUACACAUGAGAUUUCUGAGCUCGUCAGACUGAAAAGCGACAAAACUCUGCACAGAGCGAAAAGUGUUUUUGUUGGAGGCGGUGUAUAUCCUGCAGUGGCUCUUUUAAAUCAUUCUUGCAAUCCUGGAGUUAUUAGGUAUUUUGUGGGAACGACUAUGGUUGUUCGAGCUGUAAGAACAAUUUUAUAUGGCUCUGCAAUCUGUGAAAAUUAUGGUCCAAUUUUUGCUGAAAUGCCCGUAAACGAGCGGAAAAGAAAAUUAAGGAUUCAAUAUUGGUUCGAUUGUAAUUGUGAACCUUGUCACGAUAACUGGCCACUGUUAGUGGACAUUGAUCCUCGAAUCCUCAGAGAUUACAAUAUUUUGGGACUUUCAGUAAUUGCCAGGGCCAAUCAUCAAGAGUUAAUGUAAAACAAUGUGGCAUAAGUCUAUCAGAUUUUUUUAUCUUUCGUUUUUUUGUCUUCUCCUUUGUAAACUUAUU